CUGUUGUUGCUUAGGUAUUCAAAACCAGCUUAAAGCUGGUAGUUGUCAGAGUGUCUUUGCUGUUACAGGAAGGCGGUUUGAAAGGUGACUACAGCUCUGAUGCGCAUCUGUUGGACAAAGAAGCAAUCCCUUUUUCAUAGUCACUCUGCAAACUGAUCUGCAGGAAAAGAUAAGCAAAAAACCAUGAUGGAGAAAGCACAUGCAGGUGAUGUCCAAGUUCAGAAUUUUCUGAAGAAGAAGAUGAUGCUGAAGCACAGAGAACUAAUGAAACUUCGUGCAGCUGGUGAAGGAGGAGCUACAGCAAAGGUAGAGCCUGGCUGCGCUUCUCCAGUGCUGCUUGAGGAGCAAGCAGCAGAGAGUGAGGAAGGCCACAAAAGGAAGAGGAAAAGCACAAAACUCAAGAAGCAGCAGCAGCAGCAGUCUGUUUUAGCUAGUUCUUCUAGGGGGCAGGAACAGGAAAUCAGUGGUGAAAAUGGGUGGGAUGCUUGCCAGAAGAACAAGAAGCAUCAGAAGCAUAAUGGCAGCGCAGACAAGCCGAGCUGCGUCGCCCGCGUCAGAGUAAAUCGGCACAGCGCUGACGACAGUCGGAGCGAUGCUGAUUAUGUUUAUGUGCAAAAACCUGCUAAGAAGAAAAGGAAACUGAAAUUGCCUGAGGAGGAUGAGGUGCCUGCCUCAGAAAGAUGUGGUAAAAAGGACAGUAAAGGACUGAAAAAGAAGAAGAAGAAGAAGAAGAAGGACAAGAAGAAGAAGAAGAGAUGCAGAAGCAGCCGAGAUGCUGAAGGAGACACAAGUGAAGCUGGGAACCAGUCAUUGGUGUCCUCUUCAGAGCGAAAGAGGCAAAGGAGGAGCACAGAGAAGGGUGGUGUGGCAGUGCCCCAGCUCUGGCAUGAAGAUGAUGGCUGUGAUGCUGCUUCUGUGAUGAGUAAGGGUUCUGCAGAUGUACCUCUGAAGUUUGCUACGCCAGCUAAAGCUGUUGAUCCAUCUCAGAAAGCUUCAGUGCAGCCUACAAAGCCAAAAAGUUGCUCUUCUGUCGCAAAGGAAAAGCCCUCAGAGUAUGAUGGAAGGACACCAAAACCCUCAUCACCAAAUGGAAAAGCCCACAGGAACUCCUUCACUGAAAUGGCAGACUCUUCUGAGCUUAGUCUGGAUGAUGAAGAGGGCUUGGACAAUACCAUGGCUUCAACUGCAGAUCUGGAUGCUGUAAGAUUAGAGCUGGAAGAGUUUAUUCCUCAUGUGAAGAAUAUAUCAGAUGACUCCAUCAGGAAGAUGGCUGGAAGAGACCUAGCAAGGUUUAGAAGGUUUAAAAAGCAAGGUAUUGCUGUCAAGUUUGGCAGGUUCACACGGAAGGAAAAUGAUCAACUCCAGAAAAACAUGGAGGAGUUCUUAUCAAUCACUGGAAUAGAGAAUGCUGAAAAGCUGCUCUUUAGCCACAGGUAUCCAGAAGAAAGGAAAACCAUCCAGCGCCUCAAAACACAGCAUCAGUUCUGUGAAAAGCUGUCUGAGGGCAUACCACGACCCUGGAGGCUGAUAUAUUACAGAGCAAGGAAGAUCUAUGACCCAAAUAAUUAUAAAGGGAAGUACAGUGAAGAAGAAAAGCAGAAGCUGUUGAGGUACCAGGCCAAGCAUGGCAAUGACUGGAAGAAGAUUUCAGAAAUGAUGUCUCGUUCUAACCAGUCUCUUGCUAGGAAGUACUCCCAGAUCAAGACAGCUAUUAAUUCUGGUCAUUGGUCAAAGGAAGAGGUCCAGAAGUUACUUCAUGCAGUGGAGGAGGUGAUUAAGAAAAGAACAGAGGAGAAAGAGACAGAGUUUCUUCCCUCAUCAAAAAUGUCAAGUAAACAUCUCUUGAUUGAGCGGGAGAAACUGUACCAGAAUUUACCAUGGGCUGAGAUUGAAACCCACGUUGGAACCCGACAGUGGAGACAAUGUAAACAGAAGUGGCUCACAAUUUUAAGGACAAAGAUGAACAAAGGGAAGAAAGUGUUCAGGGGAAAAGAAGGACUGCAGGUGAAGAUCAAUCUCAUUAAAAGGUUGCAUGAACUGGACGUGGAGGAUGCUAAUGAUAUCAACUGGAUAGAAGUCUGUAGUGCUAUUGGAGAUUUUCCCAGUGCCUAUGUUCAAGCAAAGUUUUACAAGCUCAAAGUCACCUGUGUUCCCUUUUGGCGAAGAAAGACUUUUUCUGAAAUUAUUGAUUAUCUUUAUGAAAGGAAACUUCCAGAAUUUGAAGAAGAAUUAGUGAAAAAGAUGGGGGAAAUGUCUGAUCCUGACAAUUCAGCAAGCAGCAACCACAAGGCUUUCCUACUCAGUGACAUUUUUGACAGCAGUGAAGACAGUGAUUAAUUAACUCUGCUAAAAAGCAGUUCUCAGCCUGCAUAUUGAACUGCAAAAAAAUGGAUCUGCCUGAAAGUGGCCACACUUCACCAAGUGCAGCUACAGAGGAUGUCUCACAAUGGAGAAAGGCAAGACAUGGAGAUUGAUUUUUCUUGUUUCCUGCUGAGGACUUGAGGUAAACACUGGUUUUGUGCCACAUUUUUGGGGUUUUUAACCUUAAUUUAAGUCUGGCUUCAAUGUUUUCAUUUCCAAACACCCAAGCAGCUUUCUGAACAGCUCCAAACCAGUAUUGAUUCCACUGCCUUUUUUUACUUCCUUCUGAGGACUCAAAAGCUGCUGCUUCCCUUUGUAAAUAAAAUUGGUUUGCAGAGCUUUGAAGGAGUUUUUUUUUCAGUAACUGAAAACAAUAAUGGAGUUGGGAAAUAAUAAAACCAAAUAAUGCCUUGGGAAAAGGAUUUCAAUGUGCUUUGGAAUCUCUGCAAUAAAGCUGUGUGGAUGGAAACACCACAACUUAAGACAUCUCUGUUGGUAAAAAUACACAACUUUGAGUUGGGUUGGGGUUGUUUGGGUUUUUUUUGCUUGAUUUUAACAGAAAUGUUGUUUUCAGAAGCAACUGGGUUUGAAUUUUUGAUGUCAACUUGGACUUUUGGCAGCCUUCCUAGAGGAAAAGGCAUUUUGGUCCAUGACUGGUCCUAAAUUGUGCUCUCAUUUUAUGUUGAUCAGAAGAAUACAUUGAAAAUAGUGUUAAUAUUUGGUAUACAGGGACAAGGUAGUGUAUCCAUGCAUAUAUGUACAUACAGGCAUCUAUUUUUGUAUUGGCCAAGAAGAAUUUCUCCUCUUUUUUAACAAGAAAACAGAGAGGCACAACUGAAAUUGUCCUCCUGGCUUUUGUAUAUUUAAAACCACACCUAAAGUAAUUAUUUGUACAUUGACAAAGUGGAAUGUAAACCAAACAAAAAUGAUUUCUUGCCCUGCCUGUACAUUACUCCGUGGCUUGUUCGGGUUUCUUGUGUGUUGUGUUGGAAAAGUGAUGCAGGAGGACUUGGUCUGAGACAUUGCUGUUUAGUUUUUGGUGCCCCUUUUGGUAAGUGAGAAGUUCCUUCCUGAAUGAUUGUCAUUGGAAAGGCAGAACUUGCAGUGGCUGGAAAUAAAAGUUCUUCUUGGA